AUGGCAUUUGCAGUAAACAUGAUUAGUCAGUUUAUGCACUCACCGGGCCAAGAACACUUUGAAGUUGCCUACAGGACACUUAGAUAUCUAAAGGGAACACCUGGAAAAGGACGGAUUAAAAAAUUUGGUCAUCUGCAAGCAGAAGUCUAUACUGAUGCUGAUUGUGCAGGUAGCACUACAGACAGAAGGUCAACAUCAAAAUACUGCACUUAUAUUGGAGGAAAUCUUGUUUCUUGGAGGAGCAAAAAAAAAAGUGUUGUAGCACAUAGCAGUGCUGAAGCUGAAUUCAGAUCCCUUGCACAUGGAAUUUGUGAAGCAAUAUGGAUUAAAAGGUUACUAUAA